CUGUGUGUGGAAGCCUGUCACAGAAUCCAACUGAUCUUCCUUCACCAGUCAGGAUAUUCAGCAAGCUCCUGGCCAACGGUCCAACGAUGACAUCUGUGCUGUGGUCUUUUUUCCUGGUGCUGGCGUUUUGCGACAUCAACCCAGCUUAUGAAAACAUCAAGAAAUACUACUAUUCCACAGGAACAGGAUCAACCGUCACUCUUCCCUGCCACUACACGCUACACCAUGGACAUGUUGAAAAGAUCUAUUGGUAUUUAGGUCCUAAUAUGAUAAAGUCUUAUUACAGGUGGAAUAAUUUUGAGAAAUACAACUGGCAAAAUAGAUUCGACUUCACAAAUGCCAACCCCGACAGAGGAGAUGCUUCCAUAGAAAUCAGAAACGUGGAUGUCAAUGACGCCGGGACCUACAACUGCGCUGUGAUCACUGACUUAGAAUACUCCAGUGAAAGAUUCAUCGCGACUGUCAAUCUGACAGUCAGCAGGGAGCAGAGCAGUGCGGUGUGUGUCGUGGAAGGGGAGCCUGUGGUGGGAAAUGAAGUGAAUCUCAAAUGUCAAAGCAACGGUUUUUGGAGGUCCUGGACAAAGGUGAGCAGAAACCAGAUGUCGCCUCACGAUACCAAUGAGAUACCCAUAGAGUUCCAUGAGUGGUCACUUAGGAUCACAGAGAACAGCUGUGGAAGAUAUCGCUGUACCACGAAUGAGUGGGACUAUGAGAAAGGACAUACUGACCACUACUGUUACGUCCUACUUGAGUGUCCACCAUCAACAACCACGGCCAGUAAUGUAUCAGCCAGAAGCGAUGAUGGGGGAGAUGAUGGGGGCGAUGGAGUUCCAGUUACAGCAGUGGCCAUGACGACCGUCGUGCUUGUGCUUGCUGUCGUCUGUGCUCUCGCUGCCAUCUGGUACUGGUUCAGGAGACAUAGUGGAGAGCUGAUUAUUGAUGACACAAUGGAGGUGUCGUCUUUAUGGUCGAGGGAGGUGGAGCCCCUCGAAAAACAAGACAACAGCGACCGGAGCGAUGUGAAUUGGGACGGCCCCGGCUUGGAAACACUUCCGUGUUCGCAUCCUCCCGUUUCUGGCGAUACUGCCCUCAAGUCCGCAAAGUAG